AUUGCGCGUGGGCUCUGCUCUUUAAAGCACGAGCUGUACAGGUAUAAAACCAGCAGACGCACGACUCAGAGUGCAGAAAAUCGGAGAAGUCGAAACCCACCGAGCAAAAGAAGUGCAAUCAAGACCUCAUUCAAGGGAGUAUGCAUCCAAACAUGAAAAUGUGGAUCGGCUGGGCAGCAUGCGCCUUCCUCUUGUUCGCCUGCUUGGGAACUCUAACGGAAGGGUAUCCAACAAAACCUGACAACCCUGGAGAGGACGCACCUGCGGAGGAGCUCGCCAAGUAUUAUUCUGCAUUAAGACACUACAUCAACCUCAUAACACGGCAGAGGUAUGGCAAAAGGUCCAGUGCUGACACCUUAAUUUCAGACCUUCUGAUUGGUGAAACAGAGUCCCACCCCCAGACAAGAUAUGAGGACCAUUUGGUGUGGUGAUUCCAGCAACUGUGUUAAUCCAGUUAUGUCCAUGUGUCAUCCUGUUAACUAUUACGGCAACCAGAUCUCAUAAAAUUGAAAUCUUCUGCAUCAUCAAGAUCAGCAACUUGCUGCAAAGUACCACAGCCAUCGUCAGGAUAGUGAAAAUACUGCAGAACAUUCAAAUAACACAUCAAAUCAUUAUGUUGGUACAAGUACACGUCUAUGUGAAAUGCUUUAACAUAUAAAUAUAGUUUUGUUGACGUGUGCUCUCUCUAGACUCAUCAAAGUUCAGUCAGCCGUUCAACAAGACGAUUGUACAGAGACUUACUGUGUGUAUGUGUGUCGUGUCCAUUGUAAUCCUCAAUAUCAAAGGAGAACAUUACUGACUGUACAGUAUAACCGUGCUAAUAAA